UGCUUCUUUUUUCGUUUCAUUAUAAAAUUCCCAAAAUGGCCGCUAAGUCAGUCUACCUUUGCUAUUUCUCGUACCCAUCAACUUAAUAAGAGAGAACACAAUAUCCUGAAAGUCACUCGCUUUGCACCGCUUAUUUGAUCUCAGUAAUUCGUCAGUAAUUAAUAUAUUGUGUAAAUAAUACCAAAUUAAAAAAAAAACUUAAAUAACGAUUCCAUCAUGUCAUCAACAUCGGCGGCAGGUGGCAGUAGUGGUGCAGGCACUGGAAGCUCAGCGACAGCCGCGGCUACCACUCCUAACGCUAGUAACAGCAUGCACCCCAACAGUGGCCGAGGUCGAAAUAGCAACACUGCAGGAUCCAAUGCUACAAAUUCCGGCGCAGGUAGCUCGAAUGCCAAUCUCAACAAUGUUGUAAACAGUGCUGCAUCUGCUGCUGCAGGUUCUGGAACAGGUGAAGAAACGCGUAAAGAUCCCAAACCAAAUCCAAAAAUUUCCAAAGCACUGGGUACCUCAGCUAAGCGUAUUCAGAAAGAAUUGGCUGAAAUUACACUGGAUCCUCCACCAAAUUGUAGUGCUGGACCAAAAGGAGACAAUCUCUACGAAUGGGUUUCAACUAUAUUAGGACCGCCGGGAUCGGUAUACGAAGGUGGUGUGUUUUUUCUUGAUAUACAUUUUUCACCGGAAUAUCCAUUCAAACCUCCUAAGGUGACAUUUCGAACACGUAUCUAUCACUGCAAUAUAAAUAGUCAGGGUGUCAUAUGCUUGGAUAUUCUCAAAGAUAAUUGGUCACCAGCGCUGACUAUAUCGAAAGUUCUACUCUCAAUUUGUUCCCUGCUGACUGACUGUAAUCCUGCGGACCCCUUAGUGGGCAGUAUUGCCACUCAAUACUUGCAGAAUCGUGAAGAACACGAUAGAAUCGCUCGACUUUGGACAAAAAGAUACGCAACAUGAUUUCCUAAUCUUGUAAGUCCCAACAUUAAAAUAAAAAAAUAUAAGCAACAGUAAUAGAAAUCUAAAAAUAAUGGCUGCAGCAAAAAUAAAAUUAAUAAUAAUUCAAGCAAAACGAAUAUUUGCGAACAUCCUGCAGAUGAAUGAUAAUGGUAAAAGUUAUAUGUUUAAAAGGAACUUAACUUUCCAAAUUAUGUUUAACACUAUCUAAUAUUAUAUUAGCAAUUAAUUAUAAAAACCAUAAUAUAACAACAAAAUAUCAAGCAGAUAUUGGGUAGGGAACGGCGAUAGAGAGGAUAUGAACAUUUCCGAUCAAAUUUAUUUGCAAGUUCAAAUCAUAGUACUUUUUCUGUAGAGUUUUUUCCAUUCAAUAAACAGCGUGUAGAAAACGAUGAAAUAAGAAUAUCACGAAAUUGGUAGAAAAUCAUGUUUUAUUUUGUGUAAAAAAUAAGCUAUAUAAUUGCUAUAUAUCUUACCAAUAAGUAAUAGAUGAACCAAAACUGCUGAUUCGAUGUCAAAAUAAAAAUCAUAACAAGAAUAGCUGCAUAGAUAUACACAAUUAAAAAAUACACAACUUAAGAUAAUAUGUAGAAGCUAAUAAAUCUGUUCGAUUAAUUGUAUUUUAGCAUCGGAACUGAGAAGCAGGUGACAAAUUCUUGUCUUUAAAUUGUAAACAUAAUCGCGAGCAUCAAAUAAAAAUUAUAUUAAAAACGCUCAUACCAUUAAUAUUA